AGACAAUCACAUAUCAUCCUGAUCAGACAAAUAAUGGGAAUAUAAACAAAUGAGAUGGAACCAUCGAAGAGCUGUGAUGUCACUAGAGGGCAUGAACACUACCUUUGUCAUAUAUUAUUACUGGAACAAGCUUCGCCCAUCGCAUUGAAGGCCAUAAUUAAAAGAGAAGAGAAAAAAUAUGGAAAAGAUAUUGGUAUUUUGCUAAAUGAGAAUAGAGAUGCGUUUAAAACCCAGUACGAAACAGAGUUUCUUCAAUUAAUUCAAGAAGAUGAUGUCAAUGACGACAUUGAUACGUGGGACACACUUCAAUUAUGUGCUGUGACAUUAGUUUUGUUUAAAUCUGAUCUAACUGAACCAGAAGUUAAAGCCAUUCAAUGUAUAUAUGAUCAGAGGAAAGAUAUUGAACAAUACACCGAAUGUGCCUCUUUAACAUUCAAUACCUACAACGAGAAACAACAUUUAUUGCACGAUCAAUUACUCGAGUUAAUAACGCUCAUAGACGACCAAGCUAAGCUUGAUUGUAAAUGUAUGAUGUUUUCAUUUGAAUCAAAAUCUUUGAAAUUAAGCAAAACACAGAUAGACAAACUAACACAGACACAUGAUAUCAAAACUCAUCUUAACAUUGCACUUGAUGUAGAUGUCGUAACAGAGAAUGAUAUCAUUGGCGAAGAGAACCACCAAAAGCUCCAGACCAAUGGCCAAAGGUUUACUGAAACACUCCAGAACAAAAAUGUCUACAUCAAUGAUUCAGCUAUUUUGACAUGUAAACUCAACAUUCCAACAGAUAAAAAUGUUGAGUGGAGGAAAGAUUACAAGCCGGUUGAAAUGUCAAACAAUAUAAUGGUCAUGUGCAAGAAUGGCAAUUAUUGGUUAGCGAUUUCCCGUGCAUCAUUGGAAGAUACGGGUCAAUAUACGUGUGUAUGUGGCAAUAUUUCAACAUCAGCUGAUCUUACUGUUAUAGAUGAAGCAUUAUGUGUUGUCGUUGAUAUGCCUGCCAAUAUUGAGGUAACUGAGAAUAGAAACAUUGAUACAGAGUGUAAGGUGAACCUACUUACGAGUAAACCUGUUUGGCGAUACAAAGGGGAAAUUCUACAAUCAUCUGGUAGAAAGGUUAUACUAGCAAAGGGCUCUACACACAAAUUGAUGAUCACGAAUGUAACAUUAGACGACGAGGGUGAAUAUACAGUUGACUUUGGGAAUGUCUCAUGUAAAACAACAGUUCAAAUACAAGUUGAAACAGACCUUAUUCACAGAAAACAGAUAACAGAAGAAUUGUUCAGAAAUUGGAUGAGAGGAGCUCUAGCGUUAAAAUAUUUAAAAAUAGGUUUAGAGGGUUUUUCCGACAAGGCUGUUCACAAACAACAUAAUGAUCUAAUGAAAAAACUUGGAAACUCCUGCAGCACUUGUACAGAGGAAAGUCUUCUCCCACAUAAACAAGAUCAAUGCCCACGACAAAGAAAACAUCAAUGUUUAUGUACCAAAGGUCAGAAACAGAAGUCAAGACAAAUGUGCCCAAACGGGGGAUUUUGUGGCAACGUUUAUAAUCAAAUAGUUUAUAAACAUCGCUUUCAAGAUCCAUUAUUCACAAAUACAGAUAUCCAAAAAUGGAGCAGUGAUGCGUGGAGUGUUGCUACAUGCUUUGUUAAUACUACUGGCUACAAAGGCAAACAAUCAGCUAAAGAUGUCGACUGCUCCGGUUUACUUAGUAUGUGUAUAAACAACAUUGAUAUAGAAAUGAUGCUUGGAGAAGUAAUCAUCGAUGGUAAAAUAGAUGCGUUUACAAAGGCAAGAGAAGCAAGGAACGAUAUUCUUCACAGUCCAAACUAUGAACUAUCUGAAAAUCAACUAAACACGUUUAUCAUAAUGUUCAUAGAAGUACUAGAAAUCCAGGACAAACAUGGUAAUACACCUUUGAAAGGGGAGUCAGGCGUAGAAGAAGCAUUACGUUUACUAGAUAUGGUGCAACAAAACCAGAUUGAGAUAAACCUUGAAAAGGAUAUGAGAGAACUAAGAGAGCAUGGGAUGUCUAGAUUAGAAAAGAAAUACCAAACAGCACAAAAACAGGCAAGUUUUUUAGCUAAUGCAUUUGAGUAUUGUUAUAACAUGCUUUUACGACCGAUAAAAUGUCUUGGAAUAAAACAAGUUAUAUCUGAAAGGUCUUACGUUGAACAGAAACGUCGUCUCAACAUCAAAAGUAUAAAAGGAUCUUAUAACGUUAGUGUACGUAAUACUUUAAUAAAUAGCGACAACAAUGAUCAAGUUAAGUUCUUUAUCGCUAGAAUGUGUAUGCUUCCUAAUAGUGAAGUUCUCCUUGCUGACGUCUUGAAUAACAGACUGAAGAAAUUGAACAGUUCGUACAAGGUAGUAAGUCACUGUGAUGUACCUGAAGAUCCCUAUUCUGUAUGUUAUAUAGGCAACGAUACAGCUGUUGCUAGUUUUGGAGGCAAUUCCAUACAGUACGUGAAUGUGUCAGGUAAUAUAAACCUCAGACAAAUAAUGGAGCUAGAUCAUGCAUGUCUCGGUCUAGCUUGUCACGGUGACACACUCUAUGUAAGCAGUGUAGACACAGUUUACAAAUAUGACAAAUACUGUAAACAAAAGCAAGUUAUCUAUGAUUACCGUGAACAUCGGCACACGUUCAUCAUACACCCAAUUGCUAUAAGUGACAAUGGUGAGCGAAUCUACUUCAAGACAAUUGUAGGUGUAACUACAAUAGACGCCAAGGGAAAUCAUAUCAGUUCACAUUUUGACGACGAGUAUAACAUUCGUGAUAUAUGUAUUGCUGGUGAAGGUAUUGUUCUUGCAUUAGAUGUAUCAGGCAAUAAUCUUCAUCAGCUGGAUUAUACAGGAAAAAAGCAUCAGACUGCAGAUAGCAGGCCACUUACUGCGCGUUCUAUGUGUUUCGACAGAGAAAGAUGUAGACUUAUUGUUUGUGGUAGUCAAGACAAGAUACAUGUUUACAAAUGCGAAUAUUUGCCAAGUUAG